AUGGCAUUAAAGCAACGACGGAACCAACGCUCGUGUCAGCCGAGAUUUGGGAGUUUCCUCAUAAGGGGAUGAGCCCUGGUUUGUAGCCAAUUGUAGCGGGCAUUGCGUUUCUUAUAGGUAGCUCUGAUUGGUGCCCCAGUGGUGAAUGAUUUUGAUUGGUGGGAGGGGCAUUUUCCGGAAGCUGACCGUCAGCUGAUCUGUUUGUUGAAGCUCUCUCCUCAAACAAGCCUUGAGACUCUGCACCUCGUCUUGUGGAUUACCCCUGCUGUUUUAGUAACGCAUUUGUGCUAUUUAUCUGGAAUGGACGAAACUAGCCCCCUAGUUUCCCCUCUCCGGGAUUCUUCGGAUCUUACCUACUGCCCUACCGAGCCCCCAAGUCCGCGGGGCAGUUAUGGAGGGACGCCGGGCUCCGUGGUCCGAGUCCCGGCUGGCAGCCCUGGAUGCAGCCGCGAGCGACAGCCACUGCUUGACCGGGACAGAGGAAACUCUCCGCGCGAGCAUCACAAGAACGAGUUCCCCGAAGAUCCGGAGUUUAGAGAGGUCAUCCGAAAAGCUGAGCGAGCUAUCGACGAGGGAAUCUACCCUGAAAGAAUUUAUCAAGGCUCCAGUGGCAGCUAUUUCGUCAAAGACUCACAUGGGAAGAUCAUCGGGGUGUUCAAGCCCAAGAACGAGGAGCCCUACGGCCAGCUGAACCCAAAGUGGACCAAGUGGCUGCAGAAGCUGUGCUGCCCGUGCUGCUUCGGCCGGGACUGCCUGGUGCUGAACCAGGGCUACCUGUCUGAGGCGGGGGCCAGCCUGGUGGACCAGAAGCUGGAGCUCAAUAUCGUUCCCAGAACCAAGGUUGUUUAUCUGGCCAGUGACACGUUUAACUACAGCGCCAUUGACCGGGUGAAGUCUCGGGGGAAGAGGCUGGCCCUGGAGAAGGUGCCCAAAGUGGGCCAGCGUUUCCACCGGAUAGGGCUUCCGCCCAAAGUGGGAUCGUUCCAGAUGUUCGUGGAAGGGCACAAGGACGCAGACUUCUGGCUGCGCAGAUUCGAGGCGGAGCCUCUACCCGAGAACACCAAUCGGCAGCUGCAGCUGCAGUUCGAGAGGCUGGUGGUUCUGGAUUACAUCAUCAGAAACACGGAUCGAGGGAAUGACAACUGGCUGAUAAAGUACGACUGUCCAAUGGACGCCGGAGGGAACCGGGACACGGACUGGGUGGUGGUGAAGGACCCCAUCAUUAAGCUGGCGGCCAUAGAUAACGGCCUCGCCUUCCCCCUCAAGCACCCCGACUCCUGGAGAGCCUAUCCGUUCUAUUGGGCCUGGCUGGCUCAGGCCAAAGUGCCCUUCUCCCAGGAGAUCAGGGACCUCGUCCUGCCCAAACUCUCAGACCCCAACUUCAUCAAGGACCUGGAGGAAGACCUCUACGAGCUGUUUAAGAAAGAUCCUGGAUUUGACAGAGGCCAGUUCCACAGACAGAUUUCCGUGAUGAGAGGGCAGAUCCUGAACCUUGGGCACUGUCUGCGGGACGCCAAGUCUCCGCUGCAGCUGGUGCAGUUGCCGCCGGUGAUCGUGGAGACGGCGAGGGCGCCGCAGCGGGCCAACAGCGAGUCCUACACCCAGAGCUUCCAGAGCCGCCGGCCCUUCUUCUCCUGGUGGUAG